UCCAUCUUAUCCGUGUAUGUUUGGUUAACAUUUUAACGUAAAUUAAUUUAUUGUAGUAACUUCUCAUUAAAAUUAUAUUAGUUAAGUAACACUCCAUGUCCCUUAUUAGACUGUAAUGGAGUGUAAGGCGAGUGAAAGUAAGAAAUUGUUUCAAGUGUUCGAUGCAACAAAACGUAAGCGUGGGAAAAAGAAAAGGGAAGAAGAGGGCAGGUCCUUAGCGCGUUCCGCCAGUGACUGCACUAAUACAAGCGAUGGUGACGGUACUUUUGAGUCGGUGCCGCAUGAUCAGGGCUCCUUCAUCUACGCCUUCCUAGAAGAAGCUAUUAAAAGGGAUAAGAAAAAGCAACGUCAUGCCCGACGCCAUGAAGACCGCGAACGCGGGAGUCGCGCGCGACCGUCGUCCCCGAGCGAGCGAGAACCUCGACAACACCGUGACCACCGUGACCACCGUGACCGCCGGGAGUAUCGGGACCGGGACCAUCGCCACCAUCGGCACCGCGACGAGUCACCUCAGGAACAUGACAAUAAUACCAAUUUUUUUUUGUUCAUCGACAGGCCCCCAAACAUUGAGAAUCCAGCGCCAGCUAUUGAUCAAAAUGCUCUGAUUGAAACUUUUGUUAAAUUAUGCAGUACGAUAAACACGAAAACCGAAAAACCUAACAAAAAUAUCUUUGACAUGUUUCAGCAACGUUCGCUGAGCCACAAGUCACUGCAAUGUGAAGGCGUAUCGAGACAAACCUGUAACGAUGUCGACCACCACCCCGUGAAGUUGACCAGUCAUGAAAACUCGCAAGGCAAUAUCCCCGUGUCAUUAGCCCGAAGUCAGGAGGACUAUAGCGGACGAAUUCGUAGUGGAGACAACGUUGCUACGUCUCGCUCACAGCUCGCACAAGUGAGGGGCAGAAGCUCGUAUUGCGUCCCCUAUGACAAAGAAAACACUAUCGGAGAAGAGCAACGGCAUAGACAACAAUACGCCAGCAAACUUGAUAUCAGCGGAUCAAAGACCUUGGCAGACGAUAGGCGACGUGAAUAUGCUCCCAAACCUGCUCCCACUAGAAGUGUGCUCAACCAAUCUUACAGGGGUUACAGGGAACACCCCUCCGACCGGGAUCCCCUUAGAGAAUGUGACUAUCGUAGAGGUUACAGAGAAUAUGAUCGCGAUAUAGAACUCAAUAGAGACUACGAUCGAGUUAUAGAACCUAAUAGAGAAAGACCCUAUGAAGAUGAAAAGAAAAGACUCUACAACCAAACCAGCAGGAGCUAUGAUGUCCAUCGGGACUCUUACGCGGAGGACGACAGACAACACAGAACGACAAGGAGUGACAAUCAUAGAGAUAGGUGCUAUGACGAAAGGCGAUAUGACGACAGAUACCGAAAGAGGUGCGAAGAAAUGGAAAAACGGGAUAAGUAUUACGAAGACAAGCCGAUUGUUACUCGCGAUCGCAACUACCACAUGUAUAAAGAAAGCAGAGAUCGCCGAAUUAAGAAAAACUUGGAGAGAUUUGAAAGAGCUUCCGUAGCAUCGAGGGACGAGGACCACAUGUAUAAUAAAGAAAGCAGAGAUCGCCGAAUUAAGAAAAACUUGGAGAGAUUUGAAAGAGCUUCCGUAGCAUCGAGGGACGAGGAAUAUAAAGAAAGGUGUUCUGAAAGAGAAAGGGAUUCUGGUCUUAGUGUUGCAGAUGGUGAGAGCACCGUCAGUGCCCGAAGCAACUACUUAAGAUUAGUGAAGCAAGAAAUUAUAGAGCAAAGGCAAGCCAUGGACAAGAUGAUGAACUUAUGGAAGGAGUUGAUGCGAUGCUUCAAGAGCUAUUCACAGACAUCGGGGGAGAAAGCUGCUACUGAAUCGGCGGCGAACAAUGCCCGCGACUCGGCCGCCGCCCAGCUCCGGUUGUGGCGCGAGUGCAUGCGCCGCUACGAGACCGUGGCGCGGGACGUCGGCGACACGGACGCGAGGCUCAUACAGACCACGGAGGAAAUCAACAAACAACGGUCGGAGAUGGCAGAGAUGGCCAACAUGUGGCAGGAGUGCUUGCAGCGCUACCGCGAGAUGAGCAAUGACUUCAACAAUCUCAAGCAGAAGCUGGUGACGCCGGCAGCUUCAGGGCCCGUGCCGGUGCCUCCGGUGUGCGCCGAGGGCGAGGGCGCCGCGCCGCCCGCCUCCUUCUGCCAGCCCGCAUAUCCGCCGCAGAUGCCGGCACAUGGUUACGUGGGUGGCUCGCCGGUCCGAAUGCGCGCAUCAGCGCCCGCGCCUCCUUCCUGGUGGUGGAACGAGUCGGGUCAUGCGCGAGCGCUGCCCGUGCGUCGUUCGUCGCCCGACUCGCGCGGCUCCUGCGACCGCGACCGGCACCGCGACCGCGAGCGUCGUCGACACAAGGAGCGCGAGCGAGACGAUGCCAAAUACAAGGAUAAGUCCAAACCCAGCUCCGGUCGCUCCGAACACAGACGCAGAAAAAGAUAACAAACAACACAAUUGUGUAGCGAUGUAACGAUACCGAUACCGAAAUAUCGGCGAUGCCGAUAUAUCGGCCUCGCCGAUUUAAAUUCAGCCGAUAUCACAGUUUGAAAACGAACGACUAUGCUAAAAUACAAUAUGUGAAUAAACUUUGUUUCCUUAACAUAAAUCUACCUAAAGUGAACUUUAAACGAUUAGGUACUUGGAUUUACUUUUGCUUUGAUUGAUUUGAUGGUUAACUAAAUAAAGGCUUUCUUUGAUUUUGAUUUGGCAUUUUUCUUUUUUUUUAUAUUGUUUUUCACACUUCACAAAAUCGAGUGUCUAUUAAACGUACCUAAGUAUGUUUUAUGCAUAUACUUAUACGUAUAAUUUUCCUUUAUUUAUUUGAUUUAUUAUGCCCUUAAUAUCGGUAUCGCCGAUUAUUUAAUUUUAAAAAUUGUAUCGGUAUCCUAUCGGCAAAAUCAUGUAUCGUUACAUCCCUAAACACAAACAUACAAUUAUCGACAUAGUUAACUGGCCAUUCGUAAACCUUAUUACCUGCAGUUAACCUUUUGGACGCCAAUGACCGAUAUAUCCGCACCGUAGGUCCAACGCCAAAGACGGAUUAAUCGGUCACAGACCACAGAGCAACAUAGACCAACGUGCCUAUCUGCCUAUGCAUAAAGUUCAAUUUCAGUUUUAUCACACUUCGGUGACGUGGCGUCCGAGUGGCAGCGUCUGUGUUUCACACGGCGUCGAAAAGGUUAAUUGUGUUGAAAAUCAACAAAAAUACGAGUAAUAUCUACCAUAAGAUUUAUAAUACGAACGAAUGUCGCCGUUUGUAUGUAUGAAAAAUAAUUAUUUUUAUGUUACGUCAGAAAUUAUGCUACAGUCGUUAAUUGCCCAUUUGGGAUUUAAUUACCCAGUCACCAAAUCGUGAACAUAUUGUUUUAUCAUUUGGAUUAUGUACCUGCAAUCAAUGUAUUGAAUUUUACACCAGUUUAUUUAAAAAACCGUGUUAUUUCCAAAUCUGCAGGGUAGUUUGCUAUUGCAAACGUAGGUAUUUUGUAAAUUUUGUUACUAUUACAUGUAUAAUUAAAUUUUUAAAAAUCCCAUAA